CUUCUCCAGGUCGAUUGAAUGGCUCGUCUAUUUCAGUCGCUGCGGCGAGUCUUGGGGCUGAAUGCUUCAUCUAAGCCCAUUUCCAAAUUCCCAAGAUCAAUCGAUACGAACUUUUCCAUCUUUCAAGAGGGCGAUCGAGUCGUUAUCCAUGGCAAGAACCCAUCGUUAACAAAACCUUUGAAGAGAGGCCAGAAAACCGAUGUGCGCCGAGGGAUGCUGGAGCAUGACAACGUUAUUGGUCGGAGAGUACGAGACGUGGUUAAAUCACACAAAGGCUCCGACCAUCGACUCAGCCUCCCUUCUCUCGAUGAAUAUGUCGUCCUAACACCUCGCUUGGUAACGCCGAUCUAUGCGGCAGAUGCCAAUUUAAUCGUCUCCCUACUUGACAUUCACGUCACACCUCCCGUCGAGGGAGGAGAAGAGCCACCACUGGAGAUUCUCGAGUCCGGAACAGGCCACGGCUCUCUCACCCUGCAUCUCGCACGCGCAAUCCAAGCCGCCAACUCGAAUCCACCUGCAUUACCAGCAAAAUCCCAGAUUCAACAUUUGCAAAGUCGGGUAAAACGACCCGCGGAAGAAACAGAGGACAAGAGCGAAGUUAAAGAAACCAGCGCCGAGGCCAACGAAGAGGACCCAGUCCAAAAACAAUGGGAUGCGUGGCGCUCCCAGCGCAAAGCCAUCAUUCACACCGUGGACGUCUCCCCCAAAUAUUCCGCCCACGCGGAGAAGAUCGUCCGGGGCUUUCGACGAGGAAUCUACGCCGGAAACGUCGACUUCUACGCCGGCCACGCAGAGACCUGGAUUGCAGAGCAGAUCGCAAAACGUCAACCCCAGCCUGGCCUAUUAUCCUUGAAACCCAGCAGAGUCGACCCGUUCCUGUCCUACGCAAUCCUCGACAUGCCGUCCGCUCAACUGCGGAUUCCCCACGUGGCCCCGGUCUUGAAAAGGGACGGUACUCUCGCCGUCUUCAUGCCGAGCGUGACACAAAUCGGCGAGUGUCUGGAUCUCAUCCGCCGGCAGAAACUGCCCUUUGUUCUUGAGAAAGUCGUGGAGCUCGGUUCAGGGAUCAGCAGUGGUCGUCUGUGGGACGUCCGAUUCGCAGUCAAAAAGGCUCGUGCUGAUCCUUCUUCGUGGACCGAGUCCGCUGGUUCAGAAGAGGCCGAUGGCCAGGAACAUGAGUCUUCUGAAGCAAGCACGGAAACCGCCGUUCCUGAAGAACCAGCCAAGGAAGAAGAGAGUGUUCUCGUCUGUCGACCAAAGGUUGGAGCAAGAGUUGUGGGUGGAGGGUUUGUUGGAAUAUGGAGAAGGAUAGAAGACUCCUAACCUGCUUACUUGUCAUGUUUGGAUACCCAUUUGUACUAUAUAGACUACACUCUGUUCCUGUACUAUGAUAAAGAAUGCGCCAGUGUACAAUAAUAAAGAUAAACCAAAGAACUAGAUCUACAUAUUCUGGUCUACAAUCUACAAUCCCAUGGAUACCCUACGGCACAAUGGAAGACUUACAAAACACAUCAAAAUGAAC